AUGUCGUCCGUCGAUGUGGCAGCGACCCGCGCGUUCGCCCCGCGUGCGAUCGCCAUGGCGUUCUCCACGAUGGCGCUGAUGCACCUGCGUUACGCUAUCGGGUCAUGCUGUCGUCGCAGACAUGUUGUCAGGACAAUUUCAGUCGAAUCCUUUGAUGUAUCGCUUCGUCCGUCCCGCACGUGGCGAGACAAGGCGGUGCACCGGCUAGCAAACGCCACCCACGUGUCGGAAGAUGCCAUCUCGGUCGCGUUCACCACGUUUGAAUUGGUGUGCCAGAGCUACCAAGCGAUCCAAGUUGCAGAAUACGUCGUCGCUCGAAGCUUUGUCGUGGUGUAUGUGGUUGUCGUCGCAGUGCACUGCAUCCUGUCGCCUUGGCUCUUGGUGGCGCCGUCCCAUGUGCCAGCGAAACACUUCUUGCUCAAUUGGAGCAACAGCGUUUUUAGCUUUGGUUUGACAUGCCUGCUACCGCUGCUGGGGUUGUUGCUUCCCGUGCUUCAGUACUUGAUUGUAGACUCGACCCUUGGAAGCGAUCCUGUCUGGUCGACGCAUGUCCUCCUCUUCUCGCGAAUCGCGGUUGUGUCGUCGCCGGUGGGGUUUCUGGUCAAAGUCACAAUCGACGUGGGCACGUUGGUUUCGCUUCGUCGACUAGACGGCGUGUUGACGAGAGCAUCUGGCCGUCGUUCGCGCCCUCGACAUGCCCCAAACGCGCCGUCGUGGAUGCUUUGGCUGUAUGUGGUCCUGUGCGCCGCGUGGGGGGUUGUGCUUGGCGCGCUGUGCAUUCAGGGCAUGCUUUUCCGCCAGGCGUGCCCGCCGUAUUGCAUCGUGUCGACAACUCCACUUUUCGAUCGAUCGUGCCAGUGCAGGUACUUGCACAUGGAUUGCCAUACGUUGCACAACGCGUCGCUUGACGUGGAUGACGUUCUCGACCCCGCCACGAUUGGCUCGGCGCUGUUUAUCCUGCAAGUGAGUCGCUGCGACAUCCCAAACGGCAUUUCGAACACAUCGCUUGCUCGCCAGCCCGGGCUCUUUGCCAUCACCCUGCAGUUCACGAGAAUGCAUUCCUGGCCUGGGACCCUGCCUCCAACGACAGCCAGCAUCGUCCUGCGGCAAUGUGCGUUUUCGACGAUCCCGGCCAUUUUGGAAAAAGUGCUGCCCGCGACCAUGCGAAUUCUUAUCGUCGAGUCCACGCCGUUGGCAUCGUUACCGCUUCAAAUCAGCCGUCUGUGGCAUCCCCUGGCAUCGCUCCAACUGAUCAACACGAGCCUUCGAGAGCUACCCAUGGCGAUUACUUCCCUCGCCAACCUGAACUCGCUGUCGCUGUUCAACAACCGAAUCCAACAUGUGCCGGUGGCAUGGCAGUCGCAACUCAACGCGCUGCCAAACUUUCGUAGCCUCAAUUUGGCUGCCAACGACUUGACCGAACUCCCAACGAUGCUGCGAACCGAUAUUGACGUGGACCUGUCUCUCAACCCGAUCGGUUCCCUGCCCCAAGGACUGGACUUGGAUCGACUGCUCAAGCUGAAGCUCAGCCACACAUCGUACUGCAAUGAAACGUACCCAUCGCCACCGUCGAUCUGUGCUGCCAGUGCAUGCGCGCACGCGUGCCAAUUCUCGAUGGUUGGCGAUCGAAACUGCGACGUGGGAUGCUUCAACGCCGCGUGCGAUUUCGACGGGACCGAUUGCAAGGAGUAUGGCCUCGAGCCGCCGUGAGUUUCAACAAGACUUACAGUCGCACAGCGCGCGGUGUACAGAGAACGGCAGGGCUGCCGUUCACUAUGAAACUUCUCGGCAUUGUUGCUUUGGUAGCCCAGAAUGAUUGAAUGAAUCUUGCUCGAUCGAGAUAUCUCCCCCCGA